AAGUCCUAAUGGUUCCCCUAAUCGACUGCUUAAAGCUGGAGUCAUUUCUGCCCAAAAUAUCUACAGUUUUGGCUUUGGGAAGUUUUAUCUCACAGGGGGGACACAGCUUGCCUAUCUAGGAUCUCUUCCAGUAAUUGGAGAAAAGGAAGUGAUUCAAGCUGAUGACGAACCCACCUUCUCUUUCUUCAGUGGCCCCUACAUGGUCAUGACCAACCUUGUGUGGAAUGGGAGCAGAGUCACAGUGAAGGAGCUGAAUCUUCUCACUCAUCCUAACUGUAGCAGGCUAAGGCUGGCGGACUUGUUAAUUGCUGAGCAAGAGCACAACAGCAAGCUGCGACACCCCCACCUGCUGCAGCUUAUGGCCGUAUGCUUGUCCCAGGACCUGGAGAAGAUCCGCCUUGUAUAUGAGCGUGUCACGAUCGGCACACUGUUUAGUGUCCUCCAUGAACGAAGGUCGCAGUUCCCAGUGCUGCACAUGGAAGUGAUUGUGCACUUACUGCUCCAGGUCGCUGAUGCCCUGAGAUACCUGCACUCCUGGGGGUUUGUCCACCGCUCCCUCAGCUCCUAUGCCGUCCACAUAGUUUCCACGGGGGAAGCUAGGCUGACCAAUCUGGAGUACAUGAUGGAAAGCCAGGACAGCGGUGUACAUAGGGAUCUGACUCGAGUACCCCUUCCCACCCAGCUGUACAACUGGGCUGCACCAGAAGUGAUCUUUCAGAAGGCAGCCACGGUGAAGUCGGACAUCUACAGCUAUUCAAUGAUCAUGCAAGAGAUUUUGACAGACAACAUACCCUGGAAUGGCUUAGAUGGCUCAGUUGUUAAAGAAGCCAUAGUCUUGGGAAAUUAUUUAGAAGCGGAUGUCAGGCUUCCGAAACCUUACUACGACAUUGUUAAGUCGGGCAUCCAAGUCAAGCAGAGAGACCGAACUAUGAACCUUCAAGAUAUCCGGUAUAUUCUGAAGAAUGAUCUAAAGGAGUUUAUUGGAUCCCAGAGAACUCAGCCAGCUGAGAGCCCCAAGGUGCAGGGAUAUGAACCCUAUGAACCCCAAAACGAUGUCAAUAUCUAUCUGGGACUAACCUCAGACCAUCAAAAAGAAGUCCCAGACUUGGAAAUCAAAGAGCUAAAGGAAAUGGACAGUCAGCUCCAUUCACCAAGGGACUGCUCUUCUCCCACUGAGGAAACACUAGCUCCUCAGUCCCUGGAUCCAAGUCUGGCCCAGGAGUUUCCUUCUCUUUCUCCAUUUGAGGCAGAAGAGGUGAAGAGUCAUAAUGCAAGUCAGGAAAGCCUCUGUAGCUUUGAAAUCAAUGAAAUUUACUCAGGCUGUGUGAACAUGGGAGCUUAUAAAGAUGAUGAGUGCCCAGAAACUACUUCAUCUCUUGAGGAAGAGAAACCAAACCAGGUAGAUGAGCUGCAAUCCCUGGAAGAAGAGUUGGAUAAGAUGGAAAGAGAGGUGCACUGUUUUUGCAAUGAAGAGGAGAGCUUUUCAGAAGUUGACAAAGAGUUGUCUUUUGGGGACUGGGAUUGGCAAAAUGAUUCAUUUGGUUCACUCAGAAUAUCUCAGCCAACCAGAAAAGAGAAGAGAAAAGUGAGCAGCAGGUCCAUGACUGAGGAGUACAUCAGUAAGUGUGUGCUGAACCUAAAGAUUUCACAGACGUUAAUGCACCACAAUGCUGAUUUGCUGAGGAGUAUCGAGCAGAAACUAGAUGAAGUUGAAUUGUUACAGAAGGAGCAGGAGGAGCGCAGGACUUUGUGGGAAACUUCAAGAGUGUUUGCAAAUGUCCAUGACUUACCUUCAGCUAUAGGUCCUCCAUCUUUGAACUACAUUCCUCCUGUCAUGCAGCUAUCACAGGGCCAGCAGCCGGGUGCCAGUGGCAAUUGCCCAACCCUAUCCAGGUCUCCAAGAACACUGCCAACUCUUUGUGGUUCUGGAAAACAGAACACAAAUGAACAAUUUCAGGCCACUCAUGGAGCCAAGGACACUUUAGAAGGAAGCAGGAUCCAAAAUAGUAGCCAGGGAAGGUCUAGGGAGUCCAGUGCCCCAGCCAAAGUCAUACAGCCAAGUAGUGCACUUUUCCUGAUGUCAAGUCAUGCACAGGGACCGCCUGGGUCACCCAGCCCUGGCCAGGGCUCCACCAGGAUCAGUGUGGGAUCAGUGUCUUCCAAAAUCUAUAGUACAAAGUCAAGAAAUAAUGAAGAUGGUGGAGAAGUACACUUAAAAUGGGAAACGGAGGUGAAAGAAAUGGCAGAGAAGGCAGCUACAGGGCAGCUCACAGUACCUCCUUGGCAUCCUCAGAGUAGUUUGAUUUUGGAGAGUAAGACUGAAAAUGAACCUGCUUCCCCAGUUAUUGGCCCAGAAAAUGUGGAUUGGCAGCAAGUUAUAGAGUAUCACAGGGAAGAUGAGCCAGGAGGAAAUGUCAAGUUUGGCAAAAUGGACAACAGUGACUGUGACAGAGACAAGCAUGGCAGACAGUCUGGACCUCGAAGCUUCACUAAUAUCAGGCACCCAUCCUCCAGAAAACAUGAGCAGCCAGAGCAUAGCGAAGCCUUUCCAGCAAGUUGCGAUACAUCUGGGGUCACUGAGAAAUCUUACAGCGAUCAGUCUGUGCAGUCAACUUGUUCAGCAGAGUCUUCUGAGGACAUAACAGAUGAAUUUUUAACUCCAGACCAUGAAUAUUUUUACUCCUCAGCUGCUCAAGAAAAUUUAGCUCUUGAGACUUCAAGUCCCAUAGAAGAGGACUUUGAAGGAAUACAAGGUGCAUUUGCUCAACCUCAAGGCUGUGGUGAGGAAAACCUCCAAAUGAGAAAAAUCCUUGGAAAGAACUCUGAGAUUUUGACUGGGUCUCAGUUCCAACCUAUACAAAGUACUAAAAGUGAACAAGAGGAGAUAUUAAAGGAAGCACAAAAGGAACUGAAGGAGAAAGACAUAUCACUGGUAGACAUUCAAGACCUGUCCAGUAUCUCCUGUGAACAAGAUGGCUCUUUUAAGGCAGUCACAUGCAAAACACCCAAAUUAAACCAUGCACCUACUAGUGUCAGCACUCCACUCAGCCCAGGGUCAAUUUCUUCAGCUGCCAGUCGAUAUAAAGACUGCCUUGAAGGUAUCACAUGUCAGGUUAAAACAGGGUCUACAUCAUGCUGUAGUCAAGACUCUGUUGGAACUUUGUUUGAUAAAUUUACAACUGUCCGAGAGAAAGCAAAGAACCUGGAUUCUCUCUUUACUUCUUCUGAAACUCUCCCUGCAAGACCGAUUGAUCUGAAAAGAUUGUCUGCAUGUGCUGGGGCUGGUUCCUCUAGCAUGACCACAGCAUCGGACACAACCCAUGCCACCCAGAGAAGGAGCCUGCCCAGAGAGCUAGUGGAUGCCAUCUCACAGCAUCACAUUGAUGAGUUGCCACCACCAUCUCAGGAGCUGCUUGAUGAAAUUGAGCACCUGAAGCAGCAGCAGACCUCAUCCUCAGUGUUGCCUGAGAACACAGCAUACGAUCUGAGUUUUACUGCAAAUGGUCAAAAGCAUUUGGAAGAAAAAGAAACUGACAGUAAUAAAGAAGAUAGCAGUUUGCUUUGGAUGAUCAAAGAAACUCGGGAUCUAGAAGAGGACACAGACAGAGCUCACUCUACUCUUGAUGAGGAUUUGGAACGAUGGCUGCAGCCACCCGAGGAGAACAUGGAGCUACAGCACCCAGCGAAGGGCUCUAUAAGGGAGACAACCAAAGAUCAAGAAGUUAAUGAAAAGAAGGGAAUAAUGAAAGAAAGCAUCAAAACAGAAAGAAGAAAAUCAGAGAGCUUUUUAGGGACUUCGGAAGAAGAUGAACUAAAACCCUGUUUUUGGAAGCGACUAGGUUGGUCUGAACCAUCCAGGAUAAUCGUUCUGGAUCAGAGUGACUUAAUGGACUGAAUGGACCUGGAUCAUAGAUGGAUUCCAACCUAAGUUUGAGCAUCCUGGUUGUGACCUCCUUUCUUCUCUCAUCUGCUUCAGUUGCUCAAGGCAGUGGUUCCAGUUCUGUAACUCACACUUUGUUCAGCUGCUACUGUAGACAUAAUGAUUCGGCCCUUUCUAUGGGUGGCACCAUUUGUUUUCAAUCAGAUUUCUGAAAAGGAC